AUGGUGAAUCAAGCUUUUACUGUUUCAGAUCAGGAUCUCUGUGAUGUAUACCAGCUCAAGGAUCUUGACCCACAAACGUCGUGGUUGGAGGAUUCCAGUGUCGUUUACACGCUGCAAGAGCCACAGGCUCUGGAGUCUGUGGACGUAUCAUACGCUGUAUUGAAUGAGCUCCUUCGGCAGGAGCACGAGCAUAGUGCAGGCCGAAAUAGCGCUAUCGAAACAGCAGACCUUGAGGACCCUUUGAACCCACAAUUGAGAUUAGAGGAUCUACUAACGAGCUCCCGAAUUCCUCCAGAAGAGCGCUACCGCUACUACAUCAACUCUAAAAAAUUCAAUUCGAAACUCUACCUUAGAGGAUUGCACGCCCAAGACAGUUUCAAUGAUCUGAGCUCUUCGUUAGAUCUUUUGGAUCGCUCACUACAGUCACAAAGCAACGAUCUCAAGGCAUUAGUCCAGAACAAUUUUUCGAAGUACGUCAGAUCCAAAAACAACCUAGACAGGAUUUACGAACAGUUUCAACGGUUCUCAUUGGAAGAUAACAAGGAGCUAGGAACGGGAAAAUUGGGAGUUGCUGUCGAUGAUACGGUUCAGGAAGUGGCAUUAAAGGUCAAACCGAUCCUCGAUACCAGUUCCAAGUUGCACAAUAUUCAAGCUACCAUAGCAUUUGUCCAAGAAAAUAAAAAACUCUUUGACAUACCGAAACAACUCAAACAAAGCCUGUUGGAUCAAAAUGCCCCUCAAUUAAUGGCUUACUAUCAAGAGGCACGUACAAUCUACCGCGACCUUUCGGCUGCCGGUCAUGGAUCACCCGUUCUAUUAAAAGUGUGGGAGCAAAUAGAAUUCACGAUGAGUAGUUACCGCAAUGUAAUGUGGGAAUCACUAAUGAAUCUACAAUAUGGCGAAGCCCAUGACAGACUACUGCCAAUUAUAUCGAGACUACUUGAUUUAGACUCUGACGAAAGUCCGAUUCUUCAAUGGAUCAAUAAGAAACUCACCAUUUUUGAGUCAAACCUGAAGGAUCUAAUAUCCAAGAUGUUUGCUGCCAUUGUUGCCGCACAACAGAAGGUCACCAAGACUGCUUCAGACGACAGUGAAGAUCUAAGCUACUAUCAUUCAAUCGAGCAUUUCAUUGAUCCGGCUCUGGCCGAGGUCGCUCAAUUGCCCCCAGCAGCAAAGUUGGCCCAGACAAAUAUGACACUAUGCGAUUCUGUCGUUAUCAUCGAGAUGUGGCUUGUAAUCAAAAAAUAUACCACUCUUUUGAGCUCUGAGUCUGACCUUUUUGUCGAAUUCUGGGAACAUGUCGAGAAAUUCCUGGAUGGAACAUAUCGCACGUCUUUGCUUAAUGACAAGAAGAAGGAUGACAUUUUAGGCACAUACUUCGAAAGCCAAGGAGGUUACAAGAGCUUUCUGAUGUUUAAGGAAAGCGAUGUGCAAGAUAUUAGAAGAAGGGGUGAAGAAUACGUUAACAUAUUAUGCAAUGGACUUGGGAGACUCUUCAAUUCAUCACAGGCCUCACUUCUAGGUGAAGUUGAAAACGAGAAGGAGACAGGAGAACCCAGCGAUUAUGGUUUUGUCCCCCCGAAAGCUAAUUGUCUGGGUUGUCUGAGGUACCUGCCCCAAAUUGUUGACCCAAUUUUCAAAUUUACUACAGAGAUUGCACAGUUGAGCGUAUCUUCAAACUCUAUUGACACUUUGAGAAAAACAGAUUCUCUCAUUCUCAACAAGGCCGUUGCUGCUAUAUCAGCCACAAGAUUCAAAGACCUUUCCGCUUUCCACACAUUUGAAGAAGAGCCCAUGUACCGAACCCUCGGUGCUCAGGAUUAUGGAAUAACCCGCUUUCCUGAGGUGAUCUAUAUGUUCCAGGUAUUGAGCAUUUCCACGAUUAGAAACGUUCUUUUCUCCUACGAGAAGCUACCAGUACUCAACGGAAUAUAUGUCGUUUCCCAUCCGUCACGUCAGUUAUUGUCGGGAAUAGAAGUGCAACAAAUAGUGUCAAUGGAAGCGGUGCUAGAAUCUGUACUCAAAGACGCUGCCAAGGAGAAAGAGAACCCCAGGACAUCGAAAACUAUUCUGACUUUGACAAACUUGCAGUACAUGCGAGAACAAAUUUUCCCGCAGAUUCUUCAAUACUUUGAUGAAAGCUUCGAAACACAGCUGGGCAAGAAAAACCUUGAAAUAUUCACAUUAUUGUCAAAAAUGGAGUCGUCAAUUUUUGGAAACUAUCUGUCGGACUUAAAGGUAAGCAUUCGAGAUAUUUUGGAAAAGCGCUUUUAUGAAAUUAAUUGGGCAACUUACAGCUCUAACUCAUUCCGCGUAAGUGACUACAUGAUCGAGGCUCUGAUGGACUUAGUAAGUGUACACAGCGAGUGCUUCCGCAUAGGACCCCAAUUGAUCGGUCGUAUACUUAAGGAGUCUCAAGUUUUCAUCUCCAAAUAUCUCUUUGAGGCUUUGAAACGAUACAUAGGGAAUCUCUCGUCAGAUGCUCUUUUGCAAAUCGUGAUUGAUGUCCAGUUUCUUUUGAGAAUGCUGGGCACACUCCUUGAGAAAGAAACCGAGGUAACAUUGCUUGCCUGUCUUCACAAUUGCUUCCAGAAUGAUAACAGCAGGCUGCAAAGGUGCAUUGAUGAGACUGAGCCAAUUGUCUCGGCUAAUCUGAAGAAGACCAGUGCGCAAUUUGCUUCUUUCAAGUGA